UUAUCGCUGUCGAACCAGUCGCUCUGUUUUGUUCUCUCUUAUCUAGCUAGCCUCCUGAAUAAGGGGAAAUCAGAAAUGUUUCGCUUACAAGGACAAGAAUGGAAUUGACGAUUGGAGUAGAAAACGAAAACGGGUCUUGAAUCGGUCGUCGAGAUCGAGAUUGUUCUUUGUUUAUUGAAUCCACCUCUCGUGGUCUCGUCAUAAUCAUUUCUUCUUGGUAAUCUUCGCUUAUCAGUUGUAAACAAAAUAUUCUUGAUGAAAAAUUUCGGUUCUCAUGCGCGUUCAUUUCUCGUAUUUUGAAGCAUUUCGUGUUGAUUGUUUAAUGUCGUUCCAGUAAGAUUUUUACUGCAAUUUGGUAGAGUAGAAGGUAGAACCUACAUUUUGGAAAAGCUUCUCGAACUCAACUCGGCAUACAACUUGGAGGUUUUUAGAAAUACACGAUGAUGAAACGUUCCACGGAUACGAGUGUCUAUGAUUGCAUUACGAAUCCUUCUCCAGGUGCAUCCUAUUGGAUAAAACGAAAACGAAAAAUAAUUUACCAGAUUUUCAAAAAUGAAAUACUCGAUCGGACUCUACCAAUCACCAAAAAUAAAAUUAAGAAGGUUAUUGCCAAAUUUAAAGAGGAGGAACAACCGAGAAACGAAUCAAGAAUUCGAACAUUCGUACACAGACUCAGAAGAGAAUAUUUUCGAAGUAUCGAAGGCACUUCAGGAGAGGAAAACCAAUGCACCGGUAAAUGUUGGUACUGGAAUGAAGACAGACGAAAAAUAAUUCGCAACAUCUUUAAGGACGAAUUACUCGAUCGGUCACUUCGAAUUCAACGACCUAAAAUAAUAGACGCUUUGACUGAACUGAAAGAGGAACAAAAUUCUAAAAAUGAAAGCAAAAUCCGAACAUUUGUACACAGACUUCGAGAAGAAGAUAAAGAAAAAACGAGACGGAUGGCAUUGGCAUCCAAACCAGACUCGGUUAUUGUUAUCAAAUCAUUCCAAGAAAAUGUUUCGAAUUCGACUCAGGCUGAGAAACAGGAUGAGCCUCAAGAUGACGAAGAGCAGUUCGAACUUUCUUCAGAUGUGCAAUCGUUUGACGAUAGUGAUGAUAGUUCGAAUUGGACUUUGCAAAUUUCAGAUGACGGAUUUCAUACAUGUCUGACAUGAAAUUCUAACUGCUCGAGGUACCUAUAUAUUUUAAAUGUUUCCAGUGAUUUCUAGAUUAGUUAAGUAGGACUUUAUUGUUUAUUUUUAUAUUAAAUGUAAGAAGUGAAUUCUGUGUCAUUGUUCGUGAGUAGAACCACAAAUGAAGAAAAUAAUAUUGAAAUAAGGUGGUCAUCACAAAUGUGAGGUUUUGUUUGAGAUGAUGAUCGUUAUUGUAUUUUAAUUCUCGAGGUAUUUUUUCCUAUUUAUGUCUCCGUAAGAUUGUACUAAUGUGUGCUUCUUUUCAAUAGAUUAUUCAUAGUAGGUAAUUCUUCUAUU